GGACAUGAUAGGGAGGGUGGACGCGUCGGCUAAGUCGAAAAAUUUGAAACCCCUCGUGAACAUGAUGCAAAAUGGUAUGGACACAUUACCGCAGCAAAAUGGCUCUAUACACACAAACUCAUCAUCCUCCUCAAACUCUCACAAUUCUUCAUCCCAAACAAACCCUGGAGGGAACCAGGAGGAAAGCAAGACUAAUCUUAUCGUCAAUUAUUUACCACAAACCAUGACCCAAGAGGAAAUUCGAUCUUUGUUUUCUUCAAUCGGAGAUGUAGAGAGUUGCAAACUGAUCAGGGACAAAGUCACAGGACAAAGCUUGGGAUACGGAUUUGUAAACUACCACAGGCCUGAGGAUGCUGAGAAGGCGAUCAACACACUCAAUGGUCUUAGACUGCAGAACAAAACUAUCAAGAAACUCUCUGACCAAGGUAUGAUCGUUAAUAUCUCCCACAGUAGUGGAUACGACAUCAUCGCCUUCUGCAAUCGCUAA